CACUUCGCUACAGAACACUUGCGGCCGUCGACCGUACCACACGCGCGAUCCCACGCUCUGCCGAGUUCCAUUUACAAAAUCGAUUUUUUAAUAUCGAUAAUUAAAACGUUUUCGAUUGUGUAAAAAUUUAAAUCGAGAAUUCGAAAUUUGAAUUUUCGAUUUGAUUUUCGAACGUUUUUUUUGUGCGUUUUUUGACUGUUUGUGAAGUGUCGAGUGAAGAAUUUGGAAAACAAACUGCGAUGACCCCUGUUGGACUCCUGUUUAAGGUGAACAGCGAGGGCUUGUUCACUUGUCCAGUAAAUGCUUCCCCCGUCGAUUACGCGAAGAUAUAUCCCGACCCUGAGUCUGAGAAGGCGAUAAUGGGGUCAGUGGUGUACUGCAUCCACCACAAGGAAGGAUGCCAAUGGUCGGAUGAAUUACGCAAAUUGAAGGCGCACUUGAACACAUGCAAGCAUGACGCGGUGCUUUGCGCGGCGCAGUGCGGCGCCAUGAUCCCGCGCGUGCUGAUGCAAGAUCACCUGCGGUACACCUGCCCGCGCCGCCGCGCGCAUUGCCAACACUGCAAUAAGGAGUUCUCCGGCAGCGCGCUAGAGGAACAUCAGGGUAACUGCGGUCACGAGCCGGUAUACUGCGAGAACAAAUGCGGCGCGAAGGUGCAGCGUCGACACACGCUGCAACACGCGCAGCUGCACUGCAGCAAGCGGCUCGUGCCCUGCCCGCACUGCGGACAGAAGUACACGCAGGACUGCGUGUCAGCGCACGGCGCGACGUGCAGCCGCGCGCCGGUGCCGUGUCCGCAGCGCAGCGCGGGCUGCGCGAUUAAAAAGAUUAUUGGUAAGCUCAAAGAUGUACAGUCAUAA